AUGUGGACUUUUACGAUGUUAAUCAAGAGAUUAACGAUGCCAGAAGACGACGAAAGUAGCUCGCUCUGGGACAAAAAUCCGAAUCAAGUUAUAGAGACAGAGAGUAGUUCGUCUACGGUCACAUCACCGAUUGAACCGAGUAUUCUAUAUCCAUCGACUCCAACUUCUGAUUCAACUUCAAUCUCGAUAACAUUGGCUACAACGACUCCAUUCCCCGAUACGCCUGAAUUGCCCAUAUCUACAUCAACUACAUCACAACAACUUGAACCUUCUGCCAUAGCCCAACAAACAACAAAUACUUUCAGCCCCUCAUCUCAAAAAACUCCAAAUGCUACCUCGUCCCAAUCAACCACUUCAAUCUCAUCGGAAAAAACCACGACUUCCACGGCCACAUCGACUGCAGAUGCAGCCAGUGCAGCACCUGGCGCUUAUUCAGGCGGAGGCUCCACAACUAACAAAUUGGCCAUCGCACUCCCGAUCGCCAUUGUGGGGGUCCUGGCCAUCCUAGCAUUCGCUUUCUUUGCUUUACGCCGCCGUCGACGUCACCGGAAUGCACUGCCUUCGUACGAGUUCGCCAAAAGUCAGACUACAGCCAUGUCGGCGUCGGAGUUAGUCUCCGUUCCGAGGACUGUAGAUCGGGAGCCUGUUGUAUCGGAGUUGCCUCGGUUGCCUGUGCUUAAUAUUCCUGUCAAUGUUCCUGAUGAGCGGAGGAGUGAAAUGGGUUCUGCUUUGACACCCGCUUCUGCCUCCACGCCGAAUGAUGCUCAAGUGGGCGUUGCUGUCGCUGUGCCUGUAAAUCAUCGACUUAGCACGACUACACAGGAUAUGCAUCGAACAAGUCGGCCCUUGUCCGUUCCUGGAGCUGCUGUAAUGCCUGUUCCUGAGACUGGUACUGAAACUCGUUUACUUUCGAAUGGUGGUCAUGGUCAUGGCCGUGAUGAUGAUGCCGUCUCGGUUAUUUCGGAUGAACAGAGAGGUGAUCAUGACUUUGAUGAUAUGUCUUCUGUAUCGUCAUUUAAUGAUGAUGAACAUGCUGGGGGAGAUCACAAUCUUCCGUUCCAUUGA